ACCCAGCAUAAACAGCAUGGCUGCCAAAGGACUUCUAAAACUUGGAAAUGCUUUGCUUUUGACAAAUAGCGCUUACAUCGAGCAUUCAGCUAAUGUUUUUAGACCAUUGUUAUGUUACCAGCAGACUAGAGGUAAGCGGCGCAUGAAGCCGAGAGCGAAGAAUGAGCCAUGUCCCUGGCUAGUGAAGAAGAGGGCACCAGCACACUUUAAUUUUGUAACAGAAGAAAACAGGGCUUUUCUUGAUGAGGCAGCAAGAGAUCACUACAAAAAUCUGCCAAGUCCACUCAGAGAUGAACCAUGGCAAAGAAAUGAAUGGACAAUUAACACAAGGAGAACUGGUGUGUUGGGUGUAAAGAUUGGAGUAAUCCCACAGUGGAAAAAAGAUGGAACAAGAUUUCUGUGUCAACUUAUACAAAUUGUAGACAAUCAUGUGAUACGAUAUUCUUCUCCUGAAGAGUUCCAGAAAUCUGUUGGAUUUUUACCUGGCUACAGUAAAGAUAUUGGAGCUGUUGUGGUUGGAGCGUUAAGUGAUUCUCCAUGGAAUUAUUCAAAAGCGUACCACAAUCUGUUUACUGAGGCAGGUGUUCCACCUAAAAGAAAAUUAACCAGAUUUUUUGUGACACCGGAUGCUGCAAUACAACCAGGUACACCGCUAAGUGCAAUGCAUUUUAAAGUUGGGGAUUAUGUUGAUUGUUCAGCCAAAACGAUAAAUCAUGGAUUUCAAGGAGUAAUGAAAAGAUUUGGUUUUGCUGGCGGUCCAUCAACACAUGGUAAUACAAAGUUUCACAGGAGGCCAGGCUCAUUAUCAACAGGGAAACAACGUGGCAUGUUCAAAGGAACGAAGAUGCCAGGCAUCAUGGGUGGUGAUUGGAGAAUUACUAAAGGAAUCAAGAUAUGGAGAAUCAACACCAAGUACAACAUUUUAUAUACCAGUACAGGAGUACCCGGUCCUAACCACUGCUAUGUUCGUAUAUACGACACUGCUAAUUUCAAUCGUAAAGAGGAAAUGGUAAAAAAUUGCCGCCGUGUGUCAAUGCCAACAUUUUACCCAGAUGACGUUGAGGAGGAACUACCAGAAGACAUUUUUCAUGAAGAUUUGUUUCAAAUGAAUGAUAACACUAUCACCUUUAAAGAUGAUGAUGAAAGCUGAGAGAAUAUAUUCAAAAGUGUUAUAGAUGAAUUAUAAAUUUUUUUCUAAACUUGUUUACACUGUAACAAUUUACAGAUUGUAAUAGAGUCAUGUCUUGUUUUGUCAGUUUUACAAUAAAUGGUAAUAGAA